AUGGAGCCCUCAACGCCCUCCCGUCCGCCCAAGGACAUCGAAACGGCCUACACCAGGCCACUGGAGCCGGAGUCACCGGCCAAUUUUGUCGCUGGAAAGGCUGGCAAGAGGCAGAGGAAGACUGUCACAAUGCCUCCCCCAGUCCUCAAAGGAGCCAGCGACAGCAUCCCCACGGCCACCUCUCGGCUGCAGAAGCAGUUUGAGGAGGCUCAACAGCAACAGAAACUGCAGCAGAAGGCUCUCAUCAGAUUGGCGAAGACUCUGGACAGCUGGGUUGAGGAGGAGAAGCAGCCAGCCAGUCAGAACUUUGCCCGAAUCUUCUGUGAGAGGUUUGUCAAGUAUGUGACAGCAGAUCUGAGUGCAGCAUCAAUUCUGAGAGGGGGUGCUGCCCCGGGUACUCAUCCGCAGCCAAAUGCAGCAAAGACAGCUGCGAGGGAGCCGACUACCUGGGCGGGUGUUGCUCAGAGGGGGAAAAACUCUGCCCUCCCUGGGGUUGCCCCUGCCAAGACUGCGGCUUCCUCGGCAGGCAGGGCUAGUGGAGCUAGCCUGCAGCCCAAAAGCGCCAGUCAGCCAGGGGGCCCCACAGGGGGCACAAAACAGCAGGAGGACCCACGAGUCCUCGUCACCCUCCAGCCAGAGAAACGGGUCGCCCGGCUACAGCCAUAUGCUGUGCGGCAGGCAAUCGCUGCAAACAUUCAGGGGGUGGGGGAUGUGGCCAAUGUGCCGAAGGUGGAGCCCACCAGGACAGGUUGGGCGAUCACACCAAGCGACAGAGGCAUACGCGACGCUCUGACCACUGAGAAGGCAGUGGCUACUCUCUGUGAAGUCCUUGGCGCCACGGAGAUCCGGCUACCAGAGCGGUGGUACAAUUAUGCUGUCCCAGGGGUCCCAGAAUUUGUCCAGGACUGGGAAGGGGCAAGAAUCCCCACAGACAAGAUGGUCGAGGGAGAGGUUCUGGCUCAGGCAAAGGUAAAGCCAGAUGCCAGGGGUUCUGCCACCCACCAAAGUGUGCGCGACUGGCAAGAUGCUUCAACUGCAGUGAGCCCACAAGCCAGCAUGAGGGGCCAACAGGCGCGGCCACACUACUCAGAGGGAUGCGGGACAGACCCCACAGAGGGUGUAGACAAAAAGAGUGCUGCUCAGGCAUUCAAGGAAUGGUGGAGAAGUCAACCCUCAACAGAUCUAUAUGUUUUCUCAGAUGGAUCAGAACGGAGCCUUGACAACAGCAGGCAGGUGGGCUAUGGCUUCAUAGUCUAUCAGGGAAAUAAACAGCUGGCCAGCUUCUCAGCUGCGCUGAGCCCUAUGUCACAUGUCUUCGACGCUGAGGCAGUUAGUGCCUGCCAGGCAUUAGAGUGCGCUGUGAAGCUCCUACCUUGUGUCACAGAGGACAGCAGCAACCCUCAGAUCUGGCUCUGCCUCGACAACACCUCAGUCAUCUGGGGCAUACGGGGCAGUGCAGCAGCCUCCUCAAACUGGGCCUACAACCGCUGCCAUGAGCUCCUCAGACAGCACAAUGUUGGCCUGAAGUGGGCUCCUGGGCAUAUGGGGAUAGAGGGCAAUGAGGAAGCAGACCGCUUGGCUAAGCGGGCAGUCUCAUCCACUGCAGCCCCAGCCUAUGGUCUCGAGGCCACACCCACAGUCAGUGGGGUCCGCACAGUGGCCAAGCAGCUCAGCCAAGAGGCAAGGCGAAAGUGGUGGAGUGGAGCCUGUGGCAAGCUCUCUGACUGGUACCGGGGCUGGAGUUUCAGCAGGCCGACUGUGGAAUACCAAGUGAAGGCCCCUCCGGAGCUCACCAUGCCACGGCAUGCCCUUCACCGCUGGCUCGCACUCCGCUCCUCUCAUGGGGACUUCUCCUGGUACCACAGGCGUUUCCAGCAUGCAGAUGCGAGGCUCACCUGUGUCUGUGGACACAACAAGAGCCCAGAACAUUUGGUGCUCUGUCGACACUCACAGAGGCACUUUCUUCACUGGCCCAAGAGGCCAGCAGCACGGCCACACAACCGGGCGACAGCUGUUGCCUAUCUAGGGUCUCUGACCCCUACAGACUUUGUAGAACUGCUGGACUGCACGCAGUUCUACACACGGUACUGCACAAGGUAA